AUGCGACGGGAUAGACUGAACCAGUCUGUUGCCGAUCUCGCGUCUAUGGUGCCUCCAGUUGUGGCAGCUAGGCGAAAGUUGGACAAGACGACUGUAUUGCGUCUCACAGCACACUAUUUACGAGCUCACCAAUACGUAUUUGGUGACUCGAUUGGGAAAUCCCCACAAGAUUUCAGCGCGGCUUCGAUCCAAAAGGUUUUAAGCAUGUUUAACGGAUUCCUGAUAACUACAACGUAUAGGGGCAUCAUCGUGGUCGUCUCCCAAAAUGUCAACCAAUAUCUGGGUUAUAAUGAGCUUGACCUACUUGGUCAAAAUCUUCACACAAUAACCCAUGAAGCAGAUCGGAACUUACUACGCGACCAACUGAUGCCAAGGUCCCAGAAACUGGGUCCAAAUGGAGAACUCUUGAUACCGGACGAACCUGACGCCAUUAAAAAAGUCAAAAGGGCUUUGGCAAACGAGAAACGGCAAUUUGUAAUAAGGCUUAAGAAGUUGGGCCAGCGGUCUGAGCCUAACCAGUACAUAACAUGUCACGUGGAAGGGUCCCUGAGGAAGUCUGACCGUGCGUGCCGUACCUACAACCGUUGUUGUCAGGUCGUGCGCCGCGCGAGGGCCAGGUCUGACAACCCGUGCUCCAGCGGCAACGAUAUCGUGUUUAUAGGUAUUGUGCGACCCACGAGCGAAACAUUCAUCAACGAGAGUGCUCUCGAAUCAUACCGUAUGGAGUAUCGCACCAGGCACUCGAUCGACGGCGAGAUUAUACAAUGCGAUUCUCGCAUUGCUCUCGUCACCGGCUACAUGACGCACGAAGUCAGCGGAGUGAAUGCAAUGAACUUCAUGCACCGCGACGAUGUGCGCUGGGUCAUCAUCGCCCUUCGAGAGAUGUAUGACCAGCAUCGGCUAUUUGGCGAAUCCUGCUACCGACUCAUUACCAAGAAUGGUCAGUCCAUCUACAUGAGGACACGCGGCUGUCUCGACGUCGACCGGGACUCGCGUGCCGUCACGAGUUUCGUGUGCACCAACACUGUUGUCGACGAGGAAGAAGGCAAACAAUUAAUAAAACUUAUGAAAAGGAAAUUCAGGCUAUUGGUAAACAGCAAUGAAUCCCCUAGAGUGGAUGAAAUCGAAGAUGCUCAGGAUGAAAUUGAGAAUGACGAUUCUGACGAGACGGUUCCGGUUGAGGACCCACGGCGCCUCGAACAAGUCAUUCUACAUUUGGUAACAAAUUUACCAUCGCCUGCACCACCGGAAUCUAAUCAAGAGCCAAAUUCGUCACCGCAUAAAAACAAAUCGCCACAUCAUCUUACUAUCAUUCCUCCAAACAAAGAGCGAAUAGUUAGCGCGAUUGAGAAAAUCUACAACGUUAUCAAGGCGGUCCCGAGGGAUUCUAAUUACGAAGAGGGAAGUAGCUACGCUGGUUCAAGCCACAGCACUCCCAAGUAUAACAACACGAACCAAAUUGAAACGACCGUAGCUCCUCCACAGAAGGCACAUAAUAUGGUCCCAUACCAAAGCUGUCACGUGUCAAACUAUGUGCAAGUUCCCGAGAACACCUUUAGAUACCCUCCACCAACCGCUAACUUGACACCACCACAAGAGGAAUACAAUCCGCCAUCGAUCCUGAACACAGUGGCGUCCCCUGAUUUGGGCUAUUUUGAUUCGUCACCGAGUCAAUUUUCUGACUUUACGCCAUUCUUUGGUAAUUUUGAUCAGAAUGAUAAUGCUGAUGACAUUUUCUAUGAGCAACCCUUUGCUGCUACCGUGGAAGAACUUCCAUAUGACACACCAGAACCGGCGCACUUCAUGCCGUCCCAAUAUUCAUUGCCUACAGACUUGUUCCAACCGACUCUGUACCCUCAACCGAGCACAAGUACCUACACCUGUGGGAUUAAAAGGCCUAAUGAUUUCGACGAUUUCGACGUUGCCUACAAAAAGAAGGUGACAGAAACUGAUGUCAUCCGAACAAAUGAUCAAUGUUCAGACUCAGGAUCAUCCCUGGAGUCAUUAUUUGAUGAAUCAUUUUUGGACACCGAUCAAAUUGAAUCGGCAUUGAAUUCCUUGGACGAAAUUGAUCCAUCGUUUCCUGAUUUAUUGAUUUCAACGGACGUCCAAGAUAUUUUGGGGCAGAUUGAGAAAGAAGCAGAGGAUCAAAAGCUUGAAGGUUUCGACUUUUCGGAUUAUGAAUAACUUGUUACUAUGAAUAUCCUUAAUGGUAACGUUUUGUUAUAAUUUAUCUACUAAAAUGGUAGGUGGAUCAAAAUUGUUUUUUUGUUCAGUGUUCAAUUGAUUCUGUUGGAAGCAGCUGUUGAAUGUAGCACUGAUGUUAAAGAAGAAGCUACUUAAAAACGCUACAUCAACGGCUAUAAUCAUUUGUCUCGGACAUUUUCGAAACGAUUUUCUGAGACCUGAAUACAUUAACUUGCAAAGAUCUCGGAAAAAUAUAUGUUAUGUCGAUUUAAUUAUAAUAUUAUGGUAGAUAUUAAGAAUUCAUUUUUAGCUUGUUAUUUUUUAGCUGUUAUAGAGAAACGGAUUUAGUGUCAUUCACCUUUAAUAUUGAGAUGUCAAAAUUACGGGUCCUUGUAGGUAGUCACUGUUCAGCGUAACAUGUGAAUAGGUGUUAAGCAAAUUAAAAAAUACUAUUGGCAUUUAGUUGGUGAAUAUUGUACUGUUGUUUUCAUUAUCAUCAACUCAGCGGUUUCACGUAUUGCGGGGUUAUUUCAAAAGAAUACCAGCAUCGUAGUGACUUUAGAAUGGCGUUUAGUUGGUGUAUCUCAUCAAAUGUUUAAAGAAGUAAGUUUUUUUUUAUUAUAACCCUCUAUUCAUCAAUGUUGUUAGCCCAGGAUGUCACUGGUUAGUUUUAAAAAGUUGUUCUAAAAUGG